UUCUCCUAUAUACGUAUGCCUACAACAUCAGUGCAGUCUGCAGACACUUUUCAUACCAACAACACAUGGACGAUGAUGUCCAGACUAUUACGGCAUUGCCUAUUUUUAACAGUUGCAGUCGAAAUCGCAAAUUGUCAAAUAUAUACAGACAGACCGAAAAUCAAAUCAAAAGAUGGAGAUCUUAUUCUUGAACCGGCGUUUGAUAAAAGCAUAUAUUUCCUCACAAAUGGACCUCAGUCUACCGUCUUCGUUGGCGAUGUCAACUUACUAAACAUAAGCGUUCCAAACAAUGUGAAGCAGUAUACACCCGUGCAGAAUGAUGACAUAGAACAAUUAAUGAAGGGUCGCAAUGGAAUAUUACAAAGGUUACAAACAUUGGAAAGCCAGAAUGUUAUAUUACCUAGUGAUCUGCAAUAUAACAUAUCGACAAUCUGGACAAGAAUAAAUAGACUAACGAACAGAAUUCAUAAUCUUCAACUGCAACUUAAUAACAGGGCGAAAGAUGAUUGUCAACCACAUACAUGUCAAAAUGGAGGUACCUGUUUAAAUCUAUUGAAUGGAUAUCACUGUUUGUGUCCCUCCAAUUGGGAAGGACGAAAUUGCGAAGUUGAUGUGAAUGAAUGUCGCAAUUUCGUUGGUACAGAUUUGGGAUGUCAAAAUGGAGCAAUUUGUAUUAACAGACCCGGUACUUAUGAAUGCUUAUGCAGAUCAGGGUGGCUUGGAGUUCAUUGCACAAGAAGAGAGAAGGAUUGUUCUGGGGGAAAUUACGAAAUGUGUGGUCAUGGUACGUGUAUACCAGUUACAUCAGGCGAGGGUAUCAAGUGUAUAUGUGAUCAAGGUUGGACUACAAAUGGAACCGGAGUUGCAUGUCUCACUGAUGUGAAUGAAUGUGAUACGAGUCAAGGCCCUCGAUGCUCCAUUAAUCCAAAAGUAGAGUGUAUCAAUCUUCCGGGUUCAUUUCGCUGUGGUCAAUGCCCACCGGGUUAUGACGGAGACGGCUACAGUUGUUACGACAUAAAUGAAUGCCAAACUAUACCCAACGGUGGCUGUAGUCCUUUGGUAGCAUGCCACAAUACUAUAGGGUCUCGUAUUUGUGGACUUUGCCCACCUGGUUACGUAGGAGAUGGCAUCACAUGCUCAUGGAGAGGCUCGUGUAAUAUUAACCAUGGAGGAUGUCAUCCAUCAGCACAAUGCAUAGAGAACGCAGCACUUGGUGGACAAACUGCACAAUGCAUAUGUCCUGAUGGCAUGGAUGGAGAUGGUAUUGGACUUCAUGGGUGUUAUGUAUCAGCUGGUUAUAAUUCCACUCUUAACUGUGAAGACAAUCCUUGUGGUCCUCAUGGACAGUGCCACGUUCUUCGGACGGGAUACACCUGCUUGUGCUACAGAGGAUUCACUGGCGCUCGUUGUAACAUUCCACUAGACUACUGUGCUAAUAAUCCGUGUCAAAAUGGUGGUGUAUGUAGAACAGACGAAACUAUGGCAAGAGGUUUUCGUUGUGAAUGCACUGCUCUAUAUACAGGAAUAAUGUGUCAGGUACGUGCUAGAAAUUGCGGAGGUUUAUUAGAUAAUGAGGAGGGCAGUAUUAUUUAUCCCAUAUCCAAUACAACUUAUGAACAUAAUUCCAAAUGUGCAUGGGUUAUUCAUACUGCACCAAAUAAAGUUAUCAAUGUUACGUUUAGUAAAUUUAAUUUAGAAUUAGAGCCUGAAUGUCGUUAUGACUUUUUACAAAUGCAUGAUGGUCAAAGUUCCUCUAGUCAACUUAUAGGUAGAUUCUGUGGCAAUACAUUUCCUAAAGGUGGCAAUAUCAUAUCAAGUCACAAUAACUUAUAUCUCUGGUUUCGUUCAGAUAAAACUGUGGCUAGAGAUGGCUUUGCAUUACAUUGGAAUAGUAUAGAUCCGAUUUGUGGUGGAGAAAUAAAUGCAACCACGCAUGGGCACAUCAGCUCUCCAGGGUCCCCAGGAAAAUAUCCGCCCAAUAGAGAUUGCUAUUGGCACUUAACUACUUCUUACGGUAAAAAAAUACAGUUACAUUUCUUUGAAUUUGACAUUGAAGCACAUGCUAAUUGUAGUUAUGAUUAUUUAGCUAUUUAUGAUGGAGAACACUCUACUGACCCACUUCUCAACAAAUAUUGCAACUCAACCCAACCAGCUCCAACACAGUCAGCUGGCUCAGAAUUAUUAAUUCAUUUUCAUUCCGAUGCUUAUAGUUCCGGCCACGGAUUUCAAAUAGCGUAUGCCCCCAUAGACGGCGUGCCAGGUUGCGGUGGAUACUUUACUGGGGAACAAGGUGACAUUGUGUCACCGUCGUACAACGGAUUGUAUCUAAAUAAUUUAUUGUGUGAAUAUAAAAUUAAAACUGGUCCGGAUACUAAAAUAAAAAUUGAAAUUAAAAGUUUUAAUUUGGAAAGGUCUCUAAAGUGCAUCUAUGACUAUUUAAAAAUCUAUGAUGGACCAUCGUCCGAUUCACGUCUCGUUGGUAAAUUUUGUGGUAAUGUCUAUUAUCCAAAAUCUUAUAUUUCAUCUUCAAAUUCUUUGUUCAUUAUAUUUAAAACUGAUCGCACCAAAUCAUCCGAGGGCUUUAGAAUCAGUUAUAAAACAAUAUGCCAAUAUAGUAUAACUGGUGAUAGUGGUGUAAUAAAAUCACCUGGAUAUCCUUUCAACUAUCCAGGAAAUAAAGUAUGUGAAUAUAUUAUUGAGACUAUACCUGGAAAGGCGAUACAGUUAACCUUCCAAGAUUUUGAUAUUGAAGAUAAUCGAUACUAUAAUUGUCAAUAUGAUAAUAUCGAAAUAAGAGAUGGGCCUAAUAUGAAUUCAACUCUUCUAGGAAUAUUCUGUGGAAGUGCAGAUCAUACCCCACCUACACAAACGUCCACUCAUAAUUUCCUGUAUUUAAAAUUUACUUCCGAUAUAAGUAUUUCCGGUACUGGUUUCUAUGCAAACUAUACAACAAUAGACGUAGAAUGUGGUGGUAUAUAUAAACAGACAACCGGUCUUAUAAACCACCCAUCUGGUGAUACAGCACUAUACAACAACGGUCAAAACUGUACUUGGAUGUUGAUAGCACCCGAGGGAAUGCACAUAAAAUUAAGUUGGAAUCGAUUUGACUUGGAAGAAAUGCCAUCGUGUGACAGUGACUACUUGGAAAUUAUCGAAAUAGAUAAUAACAAUAUGAAUGAAACAAUGGGCAAAUAUUGCGGUACCGUUCUACCUCCAGCUAUAACGACGAUGACUAAUCGCCUUAUGCUUCAAUUUGUGUCUGAUCGAACUAUUCGCUCAGCUGGUUUCUCAGUAUCCUACACAUUUUUAAAUGAAAAAACACAUUGCGGAGGAACAUAUGUUAAAACGCAUGGUUUCAUUUAUUCUCCUGGUUGGCCUAAGAAUUAUGAAGCUAAUCGUGACUGUACAUGGACCAUCAAAGUGCCUGCAGGACAACAAAUUUCUCUCAAUGUUUCUCAAUUUGACUUAGAGCGAUCUAUUCGCAACAAAUGUGAUAUAGGGGAUUAUUUGGAAAUACGAAAUGGUGCUACAGAAAAUGCACCAUUGAUUGGUAAAUAUUGUGGUUACUUCAAUUGGAAGCGUUUUAUUUCAACAGGGAAUUCAUUAUAUUUACAUUUUCAUUCUGACUUCUAUAUGGGUGGUGCCGGAUUUAAAAUCGAAUGGGAUGGUACUCUGCAGGGUUGUGGAGGUACACUUACAAGUUCUAGUGGAUCUAUAUCCUCUCCUAAUUAUCCAGAAGUAUAUAAUGAAAAUGCUGAAUGCUUUUAUAAAAUUAUUACAAGUCAUGGCUCCCGAAUCAGAAUUAACUUCAAAGAGUUGGAUUUGGAGCGUACUCCGCAUUGUAGAGACGAUUAUGUAGAAAUAUUUGACGGCAGAGAUGCUAAUGCCGAUAGUUUAGGAAAGUUUUGUUACAUGUCACCCGCAGCAAAUAGUAUCCAUACUACGACAAAUAUAGCAUUUAUUAAAUUCAGAUCUGAUUUCUACAUGGGAGGUAAAGGAUUUUUACUUGAUUAUACUACAGUUUGUAUGAACAAUAUUACUGGAAGUUAUGGUGUUAUUGAAAGCCCUGAUUAUCCAAAUAAUUAUCCAUUUAAUUUGAACUGUUUAUGGACAAUAAACGUUUCUAAAGGAAGUAAAAUAAAUAUAACAUUUACACAUUUUGAUAUCUAUAAAUCAUUUCACCGGCCACAUUAUCGCCGUUGGUGGAGUACACCGCGGCGACCAGGUUGUGAAAGAGAUUAUUUGCAGCUGAAAGAACCAUCUCAACUUCAAGAGCCUAAUAAACUUUGUGGAACAUCUAUUCCUUCUGCUUUGAGCACAACAGAUAACACAUUACAAAUAAAAUUUGUAACAGGAUUCUUUAAUUUUCAUUCAGGGUUUAGAUUAGAGUGGGUAAGGUAUGGUUGUGGAGGGCACAUCAAAAAAAGUUAUGGCACUUUGUAUAAAACAAUAGAUUCCAAUGGAGAGUUGGAAUGUGAAUGGAUUAUAGAAGCACAGGCAGGAAUGAGUAUCUUUUUAGCUUUGACAAAAUUAUAUGUUGCAGAUUCUGAAAACUGCACAACCGAUUCAUUAGAAAUUUAUAAUGGACCAAAUAUUCAAUCGCCACUAAUAACAAAAAUAUGUCACAAGAAAGAUGUAACAAUACAAGGUAAUACCAAUUUCUUAUUUGUGAGAUUAAUAAAACAAUCGACACUAAAGAAUGUUCACUUUGAGAUCCAAUACUCGUCAAGUAAAUCCGUUUGCGGUGGCGUAUAUAAUUCAGCAACAGGGUUUAUUACAUCGAAAAAUUACCCCAAAAAUUAUGAAAAUAACAUGGAUUGUACUUGGUCGAUUACAGUAACUGCAAAUCGUCGAAUAGAACUAAAUUUCCUUGACUUUGAUCUAUAUUCAAUCGCCAACUUUGAAUCAGAUUCUUCUAUUUGUGGAGAUUCAAUUAGAAUAUAUGAUAGCACAGAUAUUUCAAAUGCAAACUAUACAAGCAUUAUUUGCCCCAAUACUGGUUUGUCACAAUAUAUAUCAAAGAGUAACACAUUAUUAUUACAGUUUGUGACUGACAAUUAUGGAACAGCUAAAGGUUUUAAAGCAAAUUUUAGUGAAACAUGUGGUGCUACAAUAACAGCAGUAUAUGAAGGAAUAAUAACGAAUGAUAAAUUCAUUAGUCGUACCAAUUUAAGUUGUAUCUGGACAAUUCUUGCUCCCACCCCAGACAAGAAAAUAUCAUUAACAAUAACUCAUAUAUCAUUGCCUUAUACGAAUGAAAUAUCAAACAGAAGUUGUCCAUCCUCUUUUCUCAGAAUUUAUGAUGGAAAUGAUGAAAAUGCUCCCCUCAUUGACGAAUAUUGUGGACACAAAAUACCCUCUAUGAUUGUUAGUCACGGAAGCGCCAUUACUGUUAAACUCGGUACCAAUACUAAUAAAAUUAUAGGUCAUUUUUCUGCACACUAUACUGCAACUGACUCUGCGUGUGGAGGUACAUUAACUUCAGAGGAAGGUGCUAUAGCUUCACCUGGUUUCCCACGUUCAUAUCCAAUAAACACUGAUUGUGAAUGGAUUUUAAAAACAUCGCCUGGAAAUAAAGUGUACUUGACGUUUGAAUCAUUUAAGAUAGAAUAUUCCGAACAAUGUAAUCAAGAUUAUUUAGAAAUUCGUGAAAACAAUGCUGGCGGUCGUCUGUUAGGUGUCUACUGUGGUGACAAUAUACCAAUAAAUACAACCAUAGCUUCAGAAUUAUUCAUUAAAUUUCACAGCGAUAAUAUAUACAGCGAUCAAGGAUUUUUCAUUCGUUACGGAUUUAUACAUGGAAACGAAAUCACAAACAUUGAAAGUGGAGAAAUAGCGUCACCUUUGUACCCAUAUCCAUACGAUAGACCAAGUGAAUAUUGGUGGCGAAUUACAAGUGGCGUUGAAAUUAUUACUCUUAUUAUUGAUAAAUUAGAAAUUCAUACUUAUGGAGAAAUAUGUUAUAGUAGUUUAACUAUUUAUGAUGGACAUGAUGAUGAAGCUCCGGUUUUGGGACAACUUUGUGGCAUUUUAUCUGAAGAGAAAGUAAUACAUACAUCUUCUAAUGCCGUUUAUAUCAAGUUAUCAUUGCAUGAAUCAAACAGUGGUGGUCUUUUCCAUCUACGGUGGGCGCAAGAAAAUAAAAUUACAGAAACUGAUAGUUCUACAUUUAAUUGUGGUUCCAAUGACACCAAAAUUAUAACGCCAGGUCACGUCACUAUUUUCAGGUCACCUAAUUAUCCUAAAAAUUAUGAUGAUAACUUAAACUGUCAGUGGAUAUUUAAAGCUAUACCGGGACAACAUUUGAUAUUAAAUUUUAAUGAUUUUCAACUGGAGGAAAUAAACAGUUGUUUUGCUGAUUCUAUUUCUAUUUAUAAAUCAGACGACCCAUCUCAAUGGACUCCUAUCAAAGAGAAUAUAUGUACUGCCGACAUUACGUCACUAGGUUUUAAUUCAAGUAUGUAUUUAAAAGUGAAUUUCCGUACUGAUUCAUCGGUAACAAGGAAAGGUUUCCAGGCUCAAGUACGGUCUGUAUGUGGUGGUACAUUCACAGAUUUAUCUGGUGUGUUCGGUCCAACUAUGUCCGACUACAUGAAUAUUUAUCAACCAACAAUAAGAUGCAAUUGGAUAGUAAAAGUUCGUCCAGGAAAACACAUAAAAUUAAAUUUUGAAUAUUUCAAUAUUACAAACAAAGAUAAUGAAUGUAAGACAUUUGUUGUUUUACACAAUGGUGAUUCAAUGGAGUCACCAUUGUUAUCAAGCGGAAAAUAUUGCGGUUACUCACAUGAAAAUACAAAUGAAGUAGUUACUUCAAGUAAUGCAUUAUUUGUGUCGUAUGAGAGUAGUUUCUUUCAUAAUCCUCAGCAUAUGUUUCAAACUUUCAAAAUACGAUAUGAAGAGGAAGGUGUUUAUUGUGGUACGGUUAGUAAAUUAGACAUUGAUCAUCCAUGGGAAAUUAUAAGUUCGCCAAAUUACCCUUCAAUACCUGAUCCAUAUACCGAAUGCAUUUGGAAAUUCAGUGGACCACUAGGUGAAAUAUUAAAAAUAGAUUUUAUAGAUAGAUUUGACUUAGAUUAUAUAGAAGAUUGUCCUACAGAAUCCAUUGAAAUUCAUGAUGGUCUAUCGGAUUUAGCUCCUCUAAAAGGAAAGUUUUGUGGAGAGAAGCCAGGAACCAUUAAAACUAGUAGUAACACACUUUAUAUUAAAUACUUUACUGCUUUGUCAGAACCAAAAAAUGGGUUCAAAGCUAAUAUUUCUAUUGAUGUUUGUGGUGGUACCGUCUUUUCCCCCGAAGGAGAAUUGAAGUCGCCAGGAUAUCCUAAUAUGGUAAAAUUAUCUUCUGGCACAGUUUGUGAAUGGCGCUUAAGAGGAAAACCUCGGCAUAUCUUAUUUAUUAAGGUACUAGACUUGGAUUUGCCUGAAUCAGAAUCACCGUGUGGUACAAAAGUUACGAUUGAAGAAAAUUUACCUGGUAACCAUACAGUAGUAUCUGAGUUGAAAACAUUUUGUGGUGACGAUAUUGUAGAUGUUGGAUCAGUAGUUGAAACAUCUACAAAUGAGGUAACAAUCAAACUACACCUUGGUAAACCAAGCGAAUAUACAGCAGUAACUCAAUCACGUGGUUUCCGAUUUACAUUUAAUACUUCUGUACCAUCAUGCAACGGAAUUAUUACAACACCAGAAGGAUAUUUAACAACACCAGGGUAUCCUCGGGAAACCUCGAUACGUCAGUGUCAAUGGCGUAUUAUAGUUCCAGAUAAAAAACGUAGAGUUCGAUUAGAGUUAUUAGAUUUUGCUAUUAACAAGCAAAGAAUCGGAAUAUAUAAUGACAAAAACUUCCAAACCAGCAUAGGAUAUGUCUCUAACAGUUAUAAUACAACUAUAUUCGAAUCUUCGGGAAAUGAACUAGCUUUAUACGUAUGGUUAAAUUCUUACGGAGAAACGCAUCGAUUUAAAGCAAGGUUUAGUUCUGACCAAGAAGCGUUAUGCGGCGGCACAUUGGGUGGAGUAAUGGGAGAAUUAGUAUCUCCAAUUCUUGACAGAUCGUAUUCUUGUAAUUGGCAGUACAAUCCAAACCUAAUAAGAGACUUUAAAAAUUAUAGCACAUUGUACAUUACUGCCACAGUAAACUCUUCUGUGACUAGAACACGAUGUAGAUAUGCAGACCCAAAAUUAAAGAUAAAAUCAGCAAAUGAUCGUGGAAUUGUCGGUUUCCAUCGCGAAAUUUGCGGUAAUACCGAAAUGUCGUAUAGGAUACCAACUACUGUAGUCGACUAUAGAGCGACAAAGAGCCACAGUGAUUCUUUUUACUUUCGCGUUCAGUGGAAAUUACAACAAUGUGGUGGGUUUAUACAUGCGGGAGAUAAUGCUGUUAAUAUUAUAAAUAUUCCAAACGCAGCUCAUAAUGAUACUAUAGAUUGUGCUUGGAAUAUUGAAUUGCCUCUAGGAAAUAAAAUUGAAUUGAAAUUAGAGGGGUCUUUUCUAUUAGAAUGCGCCGACGAAUUCAUAAAAAUAUCGCGUAAUGUAGCUUUUUCGGCUUAUAUAGGUGAUUACUGUAAGAAUAAAAUGCAAGAUACUGUUAUUAUCGAAUCAUUUUCAAAUGUUUUAGUCGAGUACCACUCCAAUCCAAAGAAUUCAACUAAUAUAAAACUAAUGGUAAAAACAACCAGACAUAGUUGUGGGGCAUUUUUGGGAACCUACGAUAGAAUAUUUGCAUCGCCUAAUUAUCCCAACAAUUAUCCUAAUAACCAAGAAUGUUCUUGGGAAAUUAAAUCUGAUUUGGGUUUCAGAAUAUCCCUUUCCUUUAUCAAUCGGUUUGGUAUAGAAAGCAGACCAAACUGUACAAAAGAUGCUGUCAUAAUUUAUGACUGGAAAGACGAAGUAUAUACUGAGAUCGCUAGACUAUGUGGUCGAGAUUUGCCGCCAAUAUAUAAUUCCACAUAUAAUCGCAUGAAAGUAGUAUUACGUACCGACGACGAUAUCAAUUUAUAUGGGUUUCAAGCUAUGUGGAAUCCUUUAUGUGGAGGAACGUAUGUAGCCACAGAGAAAGAACAGUUUUUAUACAGUCCUGGAUAUCCUUAUGGCUACAGACCACAUAUGGAUUGUACAUACACAAUAAAAAAAUCAGUUUCAGGUCAAAAGAUCUCAAUCAAUUUUUUGGAAUUCGAUGUAGAAGGUCCAUAUCCUAGCUGUGAGAGUGAUAACGUUACAAUAUCAUCAAUCGGUGAAUAUGAAUAUUAUUACGACACAUAUUGUGGAAAAGAAAUUCCUCAUUUCACUCCUAGUUACGAAGACGUAAUAAUAAAUUUCAAAACCGAUACCUUUGUUCAAAGAAAAGGUUUUAAAUUAUCUUUUUCGUUAUUUUCUUGUGGUGGUCAAAUAAGGGAACCCAAAAUUCUGACGGCAGUACCCCUAGGUAAUUAUUAUAAUAAUAUGAAUUGUACAUGGCUUAUUGAAGGCCCUAAAAAUAAAACAGUGGCUUUAAAGUUGCGUUAUGUUGAUUUAGAAAAUAAUUACAUGUGCCGCUCCGAUUAUCUAGCAGUAUUUGAUGGUUUAAUAGCAACAGAUGACAAACGUCUGGCAUUAAUCUGCGGUAGUGAUAAUUCUACAACUGUAAUUAGAAGCACGGGCAACACCAUGGUUUUACAGUUCAUUACUGAUGGCAGUAUGGUAUACAAGGGUUUCAAAGCUGACGUUUUCUUUAGUUAUUCCGAAUCUGUAGGUUGCGGUGGAAAAAUUAAUAUGUUGCCUACUUCAUCUUAUGUUUUAAAAUCUCCAUUUAUCAAUUCGAAAAAAAUUUAUGAAAAUUACUUAGACUGCCAUUGGAAAAUUUUAGCACCUGCUGAUUAUUCUAUCAAAAUUCAGUUUAUGUCUUUUCAUAUUGCACCAUGUAAAAAUGAAAACCAGACCGCAUUAGGUUAUAAAUGUGACUGUGAUUUAGUAGAAAUAAAAAAUGGAAUAAAUCCUGACAGUUACACUAUAGGUACUUACUGUGGCCACAUAUUGCCACCACCGCUUACUACGUCUAGUAACGAAAUGAGCGUCAGACUUUCCACAGAUGGUGAAAUAGUGAGUUCUGGAUUUGAAGCUACUUUAACUGUUCAACGAUCACAGUGUGGUCAAUCUAAAUUUAACGUAUCAUACGAAACUACUACUAUAAAGUCACCAGGGUACGAUAUGGGACUAAUUCCAAGAGAAAGUCGAUGUAUUUAUCACUUGAUAACAGAUAACAACAUGAAUUCCCCUAUUCACAUCCGUAUUGUAAACCUCGAUUUAAAACCUGGUACUUCAACCACAGAAUGUGACAAAGAUAAAUUAGUAUUAAGUGUUUCCAAAUCUGUUCUCAAUACACCCCUUGGUAAAGAUUAUAUUAUAAAAGGGAAUACUGACGAAUUCUACGUGAACAUGGCCUCCAUUGUAGAUUUUAAUACACCUAAACAAAUAACACUUUGUGGAUCUAAAAAAAUGUCAGACAUAUAUGUUAGUGGAAGUGUUACCAUACACUUAGAGACAUCACCUGAUUACGAUACUACAAAGUAUCAAGGUGUAUCAAUGGAAGUAUCUUUAUGCGGUGUCUGUGGAAAAAACUAUACUGAAAGGCAAGGUAGAAUAAAAACGGCAUACUCAAAUAUCGACGAAGGAAGCAAAGAUUGUUAUACCCUCAUAACUGCACCUGAAAACUAUACCAUAUCUCUAUAUUUCAUAUCAGUUAAUCCUGAUUACUGGAGCAAAGAUGUCUUUUUAGAUAUUUAUGAUGGUAACAACAUCACGUCUACAAAAGUAGUAAGCAUUAAUACUGAAUACUAUAAUAAUCCUGUAUUUUCUUCAGGGAGAUAUCUUUUAAUACAUAGUCAUCAAUUAAACGAUGCUCAAAUUACUUACGAUUUAAACUAUGUUGUUACUAAUAAAGGUCGUGGAUGUGGAGGACAAUUAUUCAAUGAACAGGGUAUAAUAACUAGCCCCUUGUAUCCAGACAUUUAUCGCAAGAAAAACAAAUGCGAAUGGGAACUAGAAACACCUGUAGGAACGCGUCUAGCGUUGCAUUUCAGCACCUUCGACUUAGGCAAAGACUGUGAUAAUAAUUACGUGGAAAUAGUAAAUAAACAAGGUAACAGCAUGUCAACAUUCUGUUCCGAAACUCCCGCAGAUUAUAUAAGCACCGACAACUACGUAAAGAUAGUUUUCAUCACAACCAUGAACAAUGGUGGCUCAGGAUGGGUUGCAGAAUUUGUUGGAAUUUUAUAAAUUAUAUAGAUAUACCUUUUGUAAAGCAGUAGUUGGUAGACACAUUAACUAACAUUAAAAUAUACAUAUAGGUAGGUAAUUAUUCCAAAAUGCAAUCAUUCGACUCAUUUUUCAAUUAAAUAUUUUGUAGCCUCCCCGAGAGGCACUCGACGUGGAUAGCUAAAAAUAUCUCUCAUUGCUUUCCCAGUUACAUUACUAGGAACGAAUAAAAAAAGCCAACGCUACGUUAUACUACGAUCAUGCAACCAACGGUUCCCUCUAAUGAAGAACUCAACCGCUGACGACAUUCAUUAUUUACAACUUACCUUACAGGAUAAUAUAAUUUACCAACAAAUUAAUUAAAAAUAAUUGCAAAUAUUCAAAUACGGAACUGCAAUUUAAGAGAUUUUUCUAAUAUGUUUGGAUAGUUCCCGUCCAUAAUUAUAAUCUUGUUCUUAAGGAAGAAAUAAAAAAUUUACUAUUGCCAUCUAUAAUAGGUAAUACAUAAAGAUGACUUCUUCCAUGGAGCCUAAUUGACCGGAUGACCAAAUGCGGAAUCCUAAGAUUCCUUAGGGUAACUUGCACAGCUCUACCUAAUAGCAAUUCUCAUUGUAAAGGUAGUACUCCUCACGUUGGGACCCACCUAAUGUUUGUUCCUUUUAGUAUUAUUUAUUUAUUAUAAAAUUAAAUGUUUGUCAAUGAAAAAUCUGUAAGUACAGUGUUGAAUUAUCUAAGUUUACCUAGAUACUAUCUGUACAUUUGCUUACAUUAAAAAUAUGCAAGUAGCUGUACUUAAAUAGUUGCCUAGUUGCGUACUUUGUUAUAGAUAUUUAUACCUAAACCUCAUCCUAUGUAUGACAAUAAAAAACAUUAUAAAUACAUAAA